AUGUUACCACUUACCCUUCUCGCCCUAUUCACUUGGUGCGCCGUUGCGUGCCCAACUUCGUUCCCUACAUUCAAUACCAGCCUUCCCGGCGGAGGUAUGGGUAUCCUCGGUCCAUGGUUUGGCGAGGAGAAGAGCGGUCGCUGGCCAAAGAACCCGAAUGACCACGGCAAGACGGAAAUUCCCUACUGCUACAAAAACAAGGCCGCCAAGGAUGAGCUCGAAACGCUUGUUGGGCGGGGAUGGGGAAUAUGGCAGCGUUAUAUCGGUCACUACGGCCCAGAAAGCGGUCAUUCUCUAAUCUUUGCACGCCGCCUUGUUCCUGUCGUGGCCCAUGAGCUCGGCCACAUAUUCGGUUUGAUGCAUGAAAAUUCCCGUGGAGACCGCGACGAGUACGUUCAGUUCAACUGCCAUAAUCUCAUCGGUUUCGCCGAGGCCCUGGAGAAGGCUACUACCGACGGCUUUACCAAGGAUGAACUUUGCAACAACUUCAACGUCGCGAAUAACUACAAAUUCGAUGCUACACAAUACUACAAGUGGGAAAAUAAAGGCAUGGAGUACAGCUCGGAUUACGACUACAAUUCAAUCAUGCAUUACAGCUCAUGGCAGAGCCACAACCCCGCUCUUACUGAUGCUGAUCCGACCAACCUUGACAAAUACCCACUGGUUCGUCUUACUGGCGGAAGGAAUAGACAGAAGUCAUUGCUUCCGCUACCACUGCCAUAUCCAGACUGGCAGAUCUCGAAGUUUGAUGAAGAUUCCAUCAAGAUGCUGUAUCCGUGGGAGUAA